CCCUGGCCAGAUGUGGAGCGGGAGAGCCGGAGCUUUGCUUCGGGUGUGGGGAGUGUGGCUGGCAGGGCUUCCCGGAAGGAGACCACUAAGCAGCGAUGCUGCGUCGCAGGCGGGAAGCGCUCCGCCCGGGUGUUGGAACUGCGGCAGCCGGGGGGUCCCUGCGCGGGGUGACGGGUUCUUCUGCCCGUGGUGCCGUGCGCUGCAGCCUCCUGACCUCACGCGGGACUACUUCAGCCUCAUGGAUUGUAGCCGGAACCAACUUUCCCUCAGACAUUCUUUUGGUUAUGACUCCAGAAAGCGGGCCAACCUACAUCUUCUGGACAGCAAUACUGUGAUGUACAUAGCUGGGAAUCAUCUGAUCCUUCUGAAUUUGAAAACCAAGGAACAGAUCUACCUACGGAGUAGCAGUGGUGAAGGAAUUGGUGUCAUUGGG